AUGGCUGUCUCGGAUACAUUAAGAAAUCUCUUAGGCUACGAAACCUUUAAAGUGGUCAAAGUCACAGAUCUUCGAUUAGGUAUCUUAUAUCGAUGUUUUCAAGUCGCAAUUGCGAUUUAUAUUUUAUCUGAAAUCUUUACAAAGUCUCUAUAUCUAAACAAGGAACCCCCCGUACCUGGUGCUGUUCGAAUAACAUUACAAGCUCCAGAUAAUCUUGUCACACCCUCUUACUGUAACGGAACAACUCCAUGCACUUUUUGGAUACAAUUCCCUUCUGAUGGUGCCGGUGUUGCAUUUUUUACUACAAGAGCGAGCGUAACGAAUUUUCCUAAUCAACCCGGAUGUAAUCCUUUUAAUGUUGCAUCACCAACAAGUCAAUGUUUGGUUAAAACAAAAAAUAAUCCAAAUAAUAUAACUGUUAUGCCAGUAUCUUACAUUGCUGACAUCGAAGAUUACACUGUAAUGAUUGAACAUUCUGUAAGAGGAAGCUCCACAUCUAUCGCACUUCGUAAUGGAUUGAUGAAUGGCGCACUCUGUUCUCCCAAUGGACAAAAUUGUAAAACGGUAACGAAUGCUAGUAGAACGGCAGCAAAUCCCAGUGCCGAUGGUGAUAUUUAUACCAUUAGAGAUAUUCUUGCGGCUGCAGGUGCAGACUUGGAUGCUCCCUCUACGGCUCCUGGUGCUAAUAAGGCAGCAGGUGAAACAUAUAGGUCAUCUGGAAUAGUCAUUGUUAUCAUUAUUGAGUAUCAAAAUGUUCGGUUCAAGUUAGAUCAAAUAGAGUAUAAAUAUUUGCCUCAAAUAAUUGAUGGAAAUGAAUACAAAGCUGUAGAAAACGUAUACAAUACUACUGAUGGUUCAUACACAGUUAUUGAUAGGCAUGGUAUUCGUUUAGUAUUCCAGCAACAUGGAACGAUAGGUCAAUUCGGAUUUGUCGCUCUUCUUACGAAUUUAGUUGCAAGUUUUGCACUUUUUAAACUUGCCGAGCUUAUAGUAGAAAUAUUCAUGUUAAGAUUCCACCCUGAUAAAAGGGAAUACGAAAAAGCCAAGUAUGAUGACGUAGACACAGUAUUAGAAGAAAAAUAUAAAGAUGGAUCGGUAGAAAAAUCAAAAAACUCAAUAGAUGAACCAUCUGAUAGUCGAAUAGCCUAA